AUGCCGGGAGUAAUAACGCAAACGCCUGCCAAGGUGCCAUCGAAACGAGUGUUGCAGGACAGCACCAAUUCUCAUCGCAACCAGCAGACGUCACCAUCGAAGAAGAGGAAGCUCGAGGUGCAGAAUACACCCAAAUUCAAGACGCCAGGAAAGAAUGGGCCAAAUGGCAACCACUUUGGCUCCAGCCAGCCGAAGAGCCAGUUCGAGGAAGAUCUCGCAGCGCUCAAGCAGAAGAAUGCAGAGAAGGACCAGCACUGGGGCCGGCCGAGUCUCGACGACUUCAACGAGAAGAGUGAUACACUAUGCUUUCAGCAGAUCGACGCCGAGGAGGGUACUCUGCAUGGAGGGAAGACCACCGUCAAGCUCUUUGGCGUGACGGAGACGGGCCACUCGGUGUUGCUUCACGUCACGGACUUCAUGCAUUACCUCUACGUCCCAGCACCGGUCAACUUCCAGAAAACUGAUCUGGAGCCGUUUAAAGGCUUCCUGGAAUCGGCUAUGGCGCAGCAUCAACCAGCAAUUCAGAACGUUCAGCUUGUGAUGCGGGAGAACUUGUACGGAUUCCAGGGCAACCAGAAGAACCCAUACAUCAAGAUCGUGGUCACAGAUCCAAAGUUCAUCAACCGCUUGCGAACGUGCAUAGAGGGUGGCAACGCCAACUACAAGGGCAUGUGGAAGGCAGCCGAUGGUGGUGUGCUUACAUUCGACAGCAUCCAGUAUGUCCUGCGCUUCAUGAUCGAUACCCACAUUGCUGGCAUGUCCUGGGUCUCCGUCAAUCCUUCGAAGUACCACAUGAUCCCGGAGAGAGAUCGUCAAUCGCACUGUCAGAUUGAGGCUCACUGCCAUUUCCGAGACAUCAUUGCGCACCCCAUCGAUGGAGAGUGGCAGAAGAUGGCUCCUCUCCGUGUGCUGAGCUUCGACAUCGAGUGCGCUGGCCGCAAAGGAGUGUUUCCGGAGGCCAACAUCGAUCCUGUCAUCCAGAUUGCCAACGUCGUGACCCGUUAUGGUGAAGAAAAGCCAUUUGUUCGAAACGUCUUCUGCAUGGACACCUGCAGUCUGAUCGUCAACACCCAAGUCUUCGAGUUUGGAGCGGAGGAGAAGAUGCUGAUGGCAUGGAGAGACUUCGUCGAAGAGGUCGAUCCCGAUGUCAUCAUCGGCUACAACAUCUCAAACUUCGACUUCCCAUACCUGUUGGAUCGAGCUGCACACCUCAAGGUCGCCAAAUUCCCGUACUGGAGCAGACUCAAGAACGUCAAGUCCCUGGCCAAGGAUGCGAACUUCUCGAGCAAGCAGAUGGGCAACCGAGACACCAAGGCCACGAACACCAACGGACGGCUUCAGCUGGAUCUGCUGCAGUUGAUACAGCGAGACUACCAUCUGCGAAGCUACACGUUGAACUCAGUAUGCGCACACUUCUUGAACGAACAGAAAGAGGAUGUCCACCACACCAUGAUCACAGCGCUGUACAACGGUACGCCAGAGUCCAGACGUCGUCUCGCCGUGUACUGCCUGAAGGAUGCAUACCUGCCACAGCGGCUUAUGGACAAGCUCAUGUGUCUCGUCAACUAUACCGAGAUGGCAAGAGUCACAGGCGUGCCGUUCAACUUCCUGCUCUCGCGUGGCCAGCAGGUCAAGUUCAUCAGCCAGCUUUUCCGAAAGGCCCUGGAGCAGCAACUGGUCAUUCCGAACCUGAAGACCGAAAGCUCGGAAGAGCAGUACGAAGGUGCUACAGUCAUUGAACCUACCAGAGGCUACUACGAUGUGCCAGUUGCAACCCUCGAUUUCGCAUCGCUUUACCCAAGUAUUAUGCAGGCGCACAAUCUCUGCUACACGACACUGUUGAACAAGACAGCGGUAGAGAAGAUGAGCCUCAAGAAGGACGAGGACUACAUCGUCACGCCGAACGGCGACCUCUUUUGCACCGCCAAAGUCCGCAAGGGUCUGCUAUCCCAGAUUUUGGAGGAGCUGCUGGGUGCUCGUAAGCGUGCGAAGAAGGAGCUCGCCAUCCAGACCGACCCCUUCAAGAAGGCUAUCCUGAACGGUCGUCAGCUCGCUCUGAAGAUUAGUGCCAACUCCGUCUACGGUCUCACGGGAGCAACUGUGGGUAAACUGCCCUGUCUCGCCAUCGCCAGUAGCACCACUUCCUACGGGCGGCAGAUGAUUGAGAAAACCAAGGAGGAAGUCGAGUCUCACUACACCAUCGCCAACGGCUACACUCACGAUGCGCAGGUCAUCUACGGUGACACCGAUUCCGUCAUGGUGAAGUUUGGUCCCAGCGAUCUGGCCAAAUGCAUGGAGUUGGGAGAAGAGGCUGCUGGCCAUGUCUCUGAUAAGUUCAUCAAGCCGAUCAAGCUGGAGUUCGAGAAGGUCUAUUAUCCGUACCUGCUGAUCAACAAGAAGCGCUAUGCUGGGCUUUACUGGACGAACACGGCAAAGUACGACAAGAUGGACACCAAGGGUAUCGAGACGGUCAGGCGAGACAAUUGCCGACUUGUACAGACUGUGAUUGAGACGAGCUUAAGGAUGUUGCUGAUUGAUCGUGAUGUGCAGGGAGCUCAAGACUACGUCAAGGACACCAUCUCGGAGCUCCUCCAGAACAAGAUCGACAUGUCGAACCUGGUGAUUACAAAGGCACUGGCAAAGGCAGAUUACGCCGCCAAACAAGCGCACGUCGAGCUUGCUGAGCGCAUGCGCAAGCGAGAUGCCGGCUCUGCUCCCGCCCUCGGUGACCGUGUGGCCUACGUGAUGGUGAAGGGUUCUGCCGGCUCGAAGGGCUACGAGAAGUCCGAGGACCCCAUCUUCGUGCUCGAGAACAACCUACCGAUCGAUGCCAAGUACUACCUCGACAACCAGCUGGCAAAGCCACUCGGCCGCAUCUUCGAGCCCAUUCUCGGAGAAAAGAAAGCCGGCUCCCUCCUCACAGGCGAGCACACGCGCUCCAUCUCCGUCGCAGCACCCACCAUGGGCGGCCUCAUGAAAUUCGCAAAGAAGACCGAGACCUGUCUCGGAUGCAAGAAGCCCCUCACCACCAAAGAAGAGAAAGAAGGCGCUGUGGGAGAAGAGUGCCGCCCACGCUUCGGCGAGCUGUACCAGAAAUCUCUGACCAAAGUCUCGGAACUCGAGGUGCGGUUCGCGAGGCUCUGGACGCAGUGCCAGCGCUGCCAGGGCAGCAUGCACAACGAGGUCAUCUGCUCCAGUCGCGACUGUCCGAUCUUCUACAUGCGUAUGAAAGCGAAGAAGGAUGUGGAGGAUGCGGGGAAGGAGAUGGUGAGGUUUGAUCGGGACGCGACGCUUUGGUGA